GGCAUUUCUAAAUUAUUUACCAGCACGCACAGCUGACAAGUUUAUGUUAUUUGAUUAUAUCUAAGAUAAAUACAAAAAACAUGUAAUUUAUUUAAGUUGAUAUCAAUAUACAGCCUUAAGUUUCGCUCUAAAUAUCAACAUCAAAACAUCAAAAAUUGUAACAACUUGAGAUUACAAAAUGUCCAAGCCCGACGUUAUGUUUCAUCCAAUAAUUAGCUCUAUACAAAGAAUAGCUCUUUAUGAAACUAAAGCGAGAUUUUACCUGAUUGGCUCUAAUAAUACCCAAACUAGAUUUCGAGUGUUGAAAAUAGACAGGACAGACUCCAAAGAGCUGGCACUGAUAGAUGACAAAGUGGAGUAUAACAAGCAGGAGAUCCAUCAGCUCCUGAACAUGAUUGGUUGUGGGAAUCGCGCUGGGAAGAACUCCGGAUUCAACAAACUUGUCUCUGCAUUUGGGAUAGUUGGUUUUAUCAGAUUUCUAGAAGGCUAUUACAUUAUUCUAGUAAGGAAAAGGCGUAAGAUAGCCAUGAUAGGUGCCCACUCCAUUUACAAGAUCGAAGACACAUCAACAAUCUACAUUCCAAGCGACAGUAACAAACCACAGCAUCCAGACGAACAGAGAUACUUGAAGAUGUUCCUUGCUAUAGACUUGUCAACGAAUUUCUAUUACAGUUAUAGUUACGAUAUAACACACACUUUGCAAAUGAACAUGGCGCCGCCUCGGAAGCUGGCGCCAGCGUUGUUCCCCGAGCCGGUAACUGCAGCUGUGUAUCGGUCAAAUCUGCACUCUAAUGUUGAAGAAAAGUGCACUUGUCAGGCGGUUGAUGAUGAUGAAGAUAUAUUUGAAACUUGGAAAAGGCAGUUGCAGCAGAGGCAGCAGAACUCAAGAUCGGAGUCCAGAGCAAGCUUAGAGUUUGGUGUCCGAACCGUCCCAGAGUGGAGAUUUGUUUGGAACAGCCACCUUCUGUCGCCGGUGCAUUCUCAGCUUCAUCCCGACUGGAUCCUCUACAUCGUGCAUGGGUUCAUUGAACAGAGCAACCUCAACAUUUUCGGUCGCCCGGUCUACAUCACCCUGGUAGCCAGAAGGAGCAACCGAUACGCCGGCACCAGGUUCCUGAAGCGAGGAGCCAACAUGCACGGAGACGUGGCCAACGAGGUGGAGACCGAGCAGAUCGUUCAUGACUCUAUGGUGUCUUCGUUCUCCAAUGGCAGCUUCAGCUCCUUCGUCCAAAUGCGGGGCUCGAUCCCCAGCUUCUGGUCCCAGGACAUUUCCAAAAUGGUCCCAAAACCCCAAAUCUCCAUCGACCUCAGCGACCCCUUCGCAGAAAUACCCGCUAAGCAUAUCAACAACCUCAUGCGGAGAUACGGCGCCCCCAUCAUGAUACUUAAUCUGGUGAAGAAGAGAGAGAAGAAAAGACAUGAGUCGUUGUUGACUGACGUUAUUAGUAAUGCGGUGAAGUAUCUCAACCAGUUUUUGCCUCCGGAGCACGGCAUUCAGUACUGCCAUUUGGACAUGGCUAGGAUGAAUAAAGGGGCUGAUGCUAAGGUUUUGGAUAAGCUAGCCUUAUUCGCGCGAGUGGCCGUGCGCCGUACGGGCGUGUUCCUGAGCGGCGCGCGAGGCCGAGGGGAAGCCGACGGCGCGCCCGGGGCCGACGAGGAGGGCGGGGCGCCCGGGCACCAGCGCGGCCGGCUGCAGACGGGCCUCGUGCGCGUCAACUGUGUGGACUGCCUCGACCGCACCAACACCGCGCAGUUCGCCAUCGGCAAGGUCGUGCUGGCUCAUCAGCUAUACGCUCUAGGCUUGAUAGGGUCUCCCGUGGUCGAAUUCGACUCGGACUGCGCGCGCCUACUGGAGGGGCUGUAUGAGGACCACGGCGACACCCUAGCCUUACAGUACGGUGGCUCACAACUGGUACACAGAAUCAAAACCUAUCGCAAAACAGCCCCCUGGGCAUCCCACGGCAACGACAUAAUGCAAACGCUCAGCCGCUACUACUCCAACACCUUCUCCGACGCUGAGAAACAGAACACCAUGAACUUAUUCCUGGGACUGUUCAUACCAGACGCGGGCAAGCCGGCCAUAUGGGAGUUCCCGAGUGAUUACUAUCUGCAUCACCCGGAGGCUGUCGUUUAUAUACCGAGAAACAGAUCGCUAACAAAAUGGUGGGACGAUGACGUACUAAAGUACCUGCCUUACCCGACCAACGAAAUGCGCAAGCUGUGCUGCGAGAUCAUCGGCAUGCAGGGGGACGCGGGGGCCCUCGAGAUGGUGGAUACCUACCACGACUAUAACAGGCCCUUCGAGUACACUGUCUUCGCCGAGUGCUACGAGUUCAAGAUGUGCCACACGUUACGCGACUUGACACCGACAUUCGCAGAGAGCUUCAGUCCUUUUGUCGUGAGAGGCCGAGCUGUGACCAGAAGCAGCACCAACCCCGGCCUCAGCGGACGUGCCUCCACUGCGUCUAACAAUUCUAGCGACUCGGACAGCGCGUCGUCCACGGAGGACGAGCUGAGCAGCUCGCCGGGCGGGCGCGGCGCGCGGGCCGCCCCCGCCGCCGCCCCCGCGCCCGCCCCCGCCCCCGCCGAGCCGCCCUUCGUCGCCGUCAAGCGGCGCAACCGACUCACUCUCAAGGAGCCUAGCAAGGCCGACAUGACUGUAUACAAGCGCUACGUAAACUUCGAGCGCCGCUCAAACCCGCAGUACAAGCCGACCAGCCCGGUCACCGUGACGGUGAGCAGUGCGUUCACGAUCGACAGCUCGGCGGACGUCAUCCCGCCCACCGUGACGCGCGGCGCGCGCGACCUGUACCGCGACUAUAUCCGGCGGAGCACCGGCAGGACGGCCGUGACGCCACAGACCGAAGAGAUAUAUGCGAGAUAUGUCGAGUUUGCACAAUGAAUUGUGUAAAAUAUUUUUUCUAAAAUGUGUAUUGAUCUCAAAUGCGAAGAAAUCUAAAGAAAGAAAUAUUUUUGCGUCUGUGUUUUACUAUCCAACUUAAGGGAAACAAGCGUACCGUUUGAUCAAAUCGACAUCCCAGGAUGUCAUGUAGUCUAUAGACGCUUGCAAUCCAAGUUUUGUCACUUGCGCGUUACCGAAUAUAAAUAUAGACAUUAUUAAACAAUUUGUUGAUUAUAUCAUUCAUAGUUUAUAUACUCAUGUAAAAUAAAUAAAGUUGUCAGUAAAA